UGGAUGCUUUUACGCUUUACAUGUUAUUUUUGUAAGAUAAAAUGGGUUGAAACAGAAAUGAAAACAACACAUUGGUCGUGAAAAAGUGAAUAUCAAUUACGCGACGACGUCUUAAAAUGUGAUCAUGGCUCAGUUUACAACAUUAUUCAUAACACUGUGGCUUCGAAGCACGAUUGUAUAUGGAUACGAGUUUGUAUCACAGUAUCCUAACAGCCAACAGAACGAAUCUUAUUAUUUUUAUCAUCUUGCUGUUGACAAAAUUAGUGGUCAAGUGUAUGCCGGUUCUCUAAACUGGCUUCAUCAAUUAACAUCAGAUCUAAAACCUAUUCAUGUAAUUCCGACUGGACCCAAACUAGACAACCCUAUGUGUCAUGCUAGCGGGUGUUCUUCACCAGAAAUCAGAACAACACACACUGACAAUGUGAAUAAAAUAUUAGUGAUCGACCAAGAAUCGAGAAUAGUGUUAACCUGUGGUUCCGUCGCGCAAGGAUCCUGUUUCAAAUACAAGUUGGGCGAUUUAUCAGCGGAACCGGAGUUCAUUGCCAUUGGCGUUGCAGCAAACGACGCUGAUGCCUCUACAUACGCCUUCAUCGGUCCUGAAAGGUACAACUCUUGGGACCGUUCCAAUGUUCUAUAUGUGGGUACAACAUUCACAAACAAUGGAGAAUAUAGACAUGAUGUACCAGCAAUAGCAAGUCGUGAUCUUAUGUCCCUUGAAUUGGCUCAGUUCACAUUCUCCAAGCAAAGUUUGAUACAAAUAGAUGUUAAGUAUAGGGAUAACUUUUUAGUGCAGUAUGUGUAUGGAUUUAAUGCCAGUGACUAUGCUUACUUUUUAAUAAUUCAGAAACAUUCCCAUCUUGCUGGUAAUGAAGAAUUGGGAUAUGUCACUCGCUUAGCCCGAACUUGUGUAAACGAUGAUAACUACAACAGUUAUACUGAAGUAACAUUGGAGUGCCAUGUACGUGAAGAAACUGUUAAUGGUAAGAUUGAAGUAGUCAAUUAUAAUUUAGUACAAGAUGCUAAGAUUGCUAAAGCUGGUGCAAACUUAGCUACUCAACUUGGCAUUGAUAUAGGAGAUUCAAUACUUAUUGCUUCGUUCAGCCCUUCAAAAGGUAUAACUAAUGAUCCAAUGUCAAAGUCAGCUAUAUGUGUGUUUUCAUUACUAGAAAUAGAAAUGAAGUUUAAUGAAAAUGUGCACAUGUGUUUCAAUGGCAGUACUAAAGCACGUAAUAUGGGGUAUAUAUCGGGUAUGAUUUCUGAUGGUAAAUGUCCCAGUGUGGGCUCUACAGGUAAUAUACUUAACUUUUGUGAAGUAGGUCUCAAAAUUAGUGGACUUUAUCCAAUAAAAACAAUGUCUGUAAUUAAUUGGAAUGAUACUUUAGUAACAUCAAUAACUUUGUCUGUGACUGGUAUUCACACGGUAGCUUUCUUAGGCAGCAAUGAUGGUAUGUUGAAGAAAGUUUUGAUUGAUGCUGAUAAAGCUUUGGAAUAUUAUUCUGAAGAACUUCUUCCUGGUCAAAGAAUCCUGCCAGAUACCACAUUAUCUCCUUAUAGAAAAUCAUUAUAUGUAUUAGCAAGGAAUUCCAUAGUGCAAAUUCCUACUGAGAGAUGUGUGGAACAUGGAAAUUGUUCUUCUUGCUUAGAGUCCAAUGAUCCUCACUGUGGCUGGUGUUCUUUAGAAAAACGUUGUACAGUUCAAAGUAUGUGUCAAAAAGGUACCCAAAGUGCACCCAGGUGGUUAUCUCAGUAUACUGGACAACAAUGUAUUGACUUUGAACAAAUUUUACCUGAUAGAAUAUCAAUGAAUGAAAUUACUACUGUGCAGCUCAUAAUUAGAACUUUACCAGAGCUACCUUUUGGUGCAAAGUAUAAAUGUGUUUUUGGGAAUGCAACUCCUAUAGAUGCAGCAGUAACUUCAAGUGGGUUAGCAUGUCCCACACCAGAUAUAAAACAUAGGCCUAAGAUUUUACAAAACCAAGACCAUGUUUAUGUACCACUCUCUGUACAUUCAUCUGAAACUAAUAAAGACUUUGUAUCUAGGAAUUUUGCUUUCUAUGAUUGUUCUAAGCAUACUACUUGUCAUUCAUGUAUAAUGAGUGAAUGGGCAUGUAAUUGGUGUAUCUAUGAUAAUAGGUGCACACAUGAUACCUCUGUGUGUCAGCGAACCACCAUUAGUGGAGAAAAUAACCCAACAAAAUUACUUAAUCAUGGUAUUGGACAUUGUCCUAGGAUAAGACAAUAUAAGAAACCAAUUUUACUGCCUAAUAAUGUUCCUAAGGAGUUGGAACUGGAAGUUGAAAAUUUACCUCACUUACAACCUGGUCACACAGGAUUUCAAUGUAUUGUGAGUAUUGAAUUAGCUAAUAUGAUAUUACCUGCUAGAGUAGAAUCAAAUCACUACAUUGUAUGUGAUAAAACAACUUACUCUUAUGAAGAAGAUGUUGGAGAAUACAAUGUUAGUGUCAAGGUUGUUUGGAAUCACAAACACUACAUAGAUACAAUUACCAUAACAUUAUAUAAAUGUGAAAUACUUGGUUCACACAGAGAACAUGCUGAUUGCUCACUAUGUAUAACUCGUAAUUCUAUUUACCAAUGUACCUGGUGUGGAAAUUCUUGUUCAUACACAGAAUCUUGUCUUGAAAAUCCUGUAACGGAGUGUCCCAAACCUAGAAUAGAUAUGAUUAAACCAUUAAGUGGGCCUAUAGAAGGAGGAACAAUAGUCACUAUUGAAGGUAGUAACCUUGGAUUAAGAGUAGAAGAGGUAACUGGAAAAGUGCGCAUAGGAGAUGCAUUGUGUGAAAUAGUUGACUUUGAAGUAUCUGUUAGCAUUACUUGCCGUACUGGACCCUCUAAUGAAUCCACCAUUGUUCCCGUUAUUGUAGAGAAUGAUGCUGGCUACACAGAAUCAUCUGUUUUAUUUAGUUACAAAAAUAUUAAAUUACAAGGCAUUUACCCAGCUCUUGGUCCUUUGUCUGGGGGUACACAAUUAGGAAUAGGAGGACAACAUUUAAAUAUUGGUUCUGCUGUUUCGGCCUAUUUAGAUGAAUUACCAUGUGCUGUAAAUAAAACACAAACAUCAAACAAUAGAUUAAUUUGCAUUACACCUAAAGCACAUACACCACGCAUGAUUCGCACACUAACGGUGGUAAUUGAUAAUGCUAAUCGAACAUUAUAUGGUGACUUAUUCAAUUAUACAGCAGAUCCAACAAUAAUGGAAAUAAAACCAUUAAAGAGUUUUGUAUCUGGGGGUAGAAUGAUAACUGUACAUGGGACAAAUCUACAUACCAUACAAAAGCCACUUAUGAAAUUAUAUUAUGCUAAUGAGCUUCUACCUGUAAAUUAUACAGCAUGUUCUGUACUAAAUUCAAAUCAAAUGGAAUGUCCUAGUCCAGCAAUAAAUCAGAAAUACCAAGAAAUCUUGCAAGCAACAAAAUCACAAACUAGUACACCUCAGAUAGCAAUGAAAGUUGGUUUUCUCAUGGAUGAUGUUGAAAGCAUGCAUGAUUUGGAAAAGUAUUUCAAUCCACCAAGGACACACAUGUUAUUUGUGGAGGAUCCGCAUGUUUAUCAUUUUGCUAAUAGAAUAAAAUCGUACAAGGGGGAUCCUCUAGUAAUAGAAGGUGAAAAUCUCAUCAGAGCUAGUGAUGAAACAGAUGUAGUUGUAACAAUUGGUACUCAACAUUGUAAUGUUACUAGUCUGACUAUGCAACAAUUGCUUUGUACACCUCCUGAAAUACAGCCUUCCAAUACGGAUGAAAAUGGUGUCCAGAUUUUAGAUAUUAGUUUACCAUUAGUUGUAGUGAAAAUAGGAAAAAACUUAAGAUUUCCAAUUGGAUAUCUGCAUUAUGAACUAUUAAGGAAUUAUAAUUUUCCACCAGAAGCAAUAGCGGGAAUCGCAGCUGGUACUUUCUUUUUAGUUCUCAUUUUCAUGAUUGUUUUAGUUAUGUACAGACGUAGAAGUACGAAAGCGGAACGAGAGUACAGAAGGAUACAAAUACAAAUGGACACCCUAGAAAGCAAUGUUAGGCUGGAAUGUAAACUAGCAUUUGCAGAAUUGCAAACUGAUAUGUCUGAUUUGGCAGCUGAUUUGGAACAUUCAGGAAUACCAACAUUAGAUCAUGUAAAUUAUGUGAUGAAAGUUUUUUUCCCAGGUGUAUCAGAUCAUCCAAUAUUGAAUGUUCAACAUCAAUUUAUUAAUGCACCCAGGACUAAUUACGAUGCAGCUAUGCUUCAAUUUGAACAACUAUUAAAUAAUAAAUGUUUUCUUCUGUCAUUUAUAGAUACAUUAGAAGCUCAAAAAUCCUUCAAUAUCAGGGAUAAAGUGAAUGUAGCUUCGUUACUAAUGGUUAUAUUAAUGGGCAAAAUGGAAUAUGCCACUGAUAUAUUGAAGUCUCUUCUUCUGCGUCUUAUAGACAAAUCAAUUUGUAAUAAACACCCUCAGUUGAUGUUAAGAAGAACAGAAAGUGUAGUUGAAAAAAUGUUAACAAACUGGAUGGCAUUGUGCAUGUAUUACUAUCUUAAAGAUUAUGCUGGUUCCUCACUAUUCUUGUUGUUUAAGGCAAUCAAACAUCAAAUAGAAAAGGGUGUCGUAGAUGCUAUUACACAUGAAGCGCGUUACUCUUUAUCGGAAGAAAAGCUAUUAAAAGAGCAGAUUGAUUAUCAAAUUGUUACAUUGCAUAUAGUUCAAGACGACUUUGAUGAUAAAAUUCAAUGUAAAGUUUUAGAUUGCGAUAGUAUAUCACAAGUAAAGGCCAAAAUUUUAGAUGCUCUUUUUAAAAAUACUCCAUUUUCAAUGCGACCUUCCGUCCACGAAGUAGAUCUAGAGUGGCGGCAUGGUAGAGGUGGCCACGUGACUUUACAAGAUGAAGACCUCACAACUAAAACUGUUAAUGGUUGGAGGAAACUAAAUACGUUAGCACAUUACGGUGUUAAGGAAUCCGCUGUAAUGUCACUAAUUUCACGUCAAAACGACAGUUUCAAUACACCAUACAAAAUACCUUGCAAAAAUUGUACAGGAAUCUAUUGUUCAAAUUCUCAUAUAAGAGUAUACAACAGUGAUAUUACUGAUCAAAAUGUACAUUUCUAUCAUUUGGUCAAACCGAUUGAGUAUCAGCACAUUGUAAACAAAUCUUCAGAACACAGUCACAAAGCAAUUCCCGAAAUAUUUCUCACGAGACUUCUCUCCACCAAGGGUACAGUGCACAAAUUUGUGGAUGAUUUUUUUAGCACAAUACUCACUGUGAAUGAAGUUCUUCCACCUGCAGUCAAGUGGCUAUUUGAUCUCUUUGAUGAUGCUGCAAGAGCUCACGGCAUUAUUAAUCCCGAGGUAGUACAUGCGUGGAAAUCAAAUAGUUUACCUUUAAGGUUUUGGGUAAAUUUGAUAAAAAAUCCUGACUUUAUAUUUGAUAUUAAUAAAACGGCUACUGUGGACUCUUCGCUAUCAGUAAUCGCACAAACAUUUAUGGAUGCCUGUUCAUUAACAGAACAUAGACUUUGUAAAGAUUCUCCAUCCAACAAGUUAUUAUUUGCUAAAGAUUUACCAACAUACCGAAAUAUGGUUAUACAAUUUUAUCAAUCAGUGUCUCAAUUACCUCAAGUCACAGACCAAGAGCUGAGUACAUCUAUGCAACAACUCUCAGUUGAGCAGUUAAAUGAGUUUGAUACUCUUUCAGCCUUAAAAGAGUUGUACAUCUAUGUCAGUAAAUAUAGAGAACAAAUUAUAUUAGGACUAGAAAACAAAAUGCACUUAGCUCAUAAAUUAGAUAAUAUAGCAUGCACUAUGGAAGGCGACCCUACAUCUAUAUGCUGACUAUAUGAUACUGUAUGUUACGAUUUAAUUGCAUUUACAUAAUUUAUUUAUAUUACCUAUUUUGUAAAAUAAAGCUUUAAUUUAUUCUGAAAAUACUCAGAUUUAAAACCGAUAUGUAUAAAGACUGUAAUAUAGCAGUUCCAUGAAUCUAGUUAGGAAGUUUAAAUAUUUUUUGCAGAAUAUAAGAUACUUAAUGAUGCUAAGAAUGAUUAUUGAUAAAAUUAAUAUUUUUUGUAAGCAUUACAGAGAAAAAUAAAUUUAAUUGGCGAUACCAUUUUAAUACAGAGAAUAGUAAGAAACUAUUUGUAUGUACCUAUGUAUUAACUCUCCCAGUGGCCAUAUUUAAGUGUCCAUGGUAUUUUUAUAAUUUUAGUGUUAAAUAUAUUCACUAUAAUUAUUUAUUUAUUCUCUUUCUCGUAAUGAUCAAUUCAUAGUUAUUACAAGUGAUGUGGAUCUGACACUAUUUUGUAUUGUAAAUUCUUAAUUGUAUUUAAAAUAUUUAAUUAUUAAUGUGUAUUAUGUUAAGAUGUAUGUGUAAAGAAAGAAAUCUUAUGUAAGGAAAAUGUUGUGAUAUUUGUAUCUGGAAUAUUGAUAAUAUUGUCAGUAUUUUAAAGGCACUAUGCAAAUAAUACCCCAGUUGCACUUUUCAUCGUUACCUCCAUUGGUAGUCUGUACCUUACUAGGAUUAUUAUAACAAACUCAAUACAUUAAUAAAUUAGUGAGCAAUUCUUUUAUGAUAAAAACUAUGCGAACAAGAUAUUAUUUUUAUAUGCUACAUCUACAUACAUGUUACUUACCUUUAAGUGUAAGUAAUGUUACAAAAAAAAUGUAGUCUUUAAAAAAUUCUUCCUCUACGAAGACCUGAAGAAAAGAUGCCUAUGUUCAUAUUGAUAGCGAUUUGUACUUACAAAUAUUAGCGUCAAAAUAUAAUGCCUAUUAAAAAAAAUUUUUAAUUCUAGUAAACACAUGUUUAUAUUUAAUUUUACUUCAUACAUAUUAAUUGUGUUAUUGUCAAUCAGUUGUAUCAAUCGUAAAACUGGUAACAGGUUUAUUAAUAAGUAUUUGUGAAAACUUGUAACAGUUGAUUAAAACAAUCAUCAUUAGACAACAUUUCGAAAACAUGAUCUCAUUUUUGUUUACUUAUUUGCUCAAAUUGUUUAAUGCUGUAUGUAUAUGGCAAUUAUCAGCUCUCUUAAAAUUAAUUAUAAUAUUCCAUUUACAAAAUAUUUUAAGAUAGAAUAGAUGUAACUCGUUAGUAUAUGAAUGCAUCGUAAAUUCACCCGUCUCUUAAAAUUUUAUAUUAUUAGAAUAUAAUUAUUUAUCAAUCUUUUUGUAACGAAUAAUUUCAACAUGAAUGGGAUAAAUGAAAAACACUGAACUGUGUAUUAUUUUUACAAUCAUAUUUAUUAGACAAGUAUAUAAAUAUUCUUCUUUGUUUUAUAUAAAUUACCUAAAUUAAUUUAUAUAAAACAAAUUAAUUCCCACUUUGCCUUUAUUACAUAGAAAUUAGUUUUAGUAUGUGUACAAUGUAUAACAGAAGUAAUGAACUGUGUAUAUAAUUCCAGUGACACAUUAAUGAUAGCGAUAGACAUUCAUGAAACAGGAAGUGGUGGAAUUAGUACAAUAAUUUGUUAGGUACUGAUAAUUAUAAAUUAAUUUUAGUUUCGUUAUAUAUAAUACAACAUAUUAUAAAUUAAUUUUAGUUUCGUUUCUGGAUUACACAGUCUAAUAAAAAAAUAUGUUCAUCGCUAUACAAAUCACAGAUAUUUCUUAUAGGUUCUUUAUUAGGCUACGAUUAUUCAGCACGUGGCAAACAAUCGUAAAUUGUGUCAAAUAUUAUUUUCCUUCUAACUUUCUUUCAACCUAUAUUCCUUUAUAAGAGUUGAAUACUCAUUGGGUUUCAGAUUAUUACAUAUGAGUGGAACACCCUUUCUAUAUGCUACUUUUGGUAAUAUUUCGGAUUACUUUUAUGAAAAGACUACACAAAAUAUCUUGAACUUUUAUUGUUGUCUUAAAAUGUCAAUUUUGUCUCUUAGAAAACCGAAUUAUUUUAAAUCUUUACACCUCUCAUAUUUAAAACAAAUAAAGUAAUAGAAUAUUGAAAUAUCGAAUUAUUCACAUAAAUAUUACAUCCAUUAUAAUGCAAAAUAUACCACUGGACGCUAUACAAUGUAAAAAAAGUGUUAUUGAAUCUCCCCAUUAAAUAAGAAGGCAAAGUUUUACUGAAAUACAAUUCUAAUUUGAAAAAUUAUUCGAUAUUUUUCAAAUUAUAAAUAUAUUAUCUUUAUAAAUAAGGGAUUUAAAAAUAAUUUUAACAUUAGAUACUAUAUAAAGCACCAGAUAUAAACCUACGUACUAUAAAAUAAGUACUGUACAAUGUAGUUCAUACAUUCUCUUGUUUAUUAUUUCUUUCAAUACAUUGGACGUACAAAUGUUUUGUGCAUACACACCAAAGAACAUUUUUUUUUUCUUAAAUACACACGAUAAUUAUAAAUGUCAAAUAAUGGUCCCUAAAUAAUACAAUACUGAAAAUAAUUAAAAUGGUUCUGUAAUAUAUUUGAAAUUCUAUAAAAGACAAUAUCUCCAUUUUAUAAUUUAAUUCAUAGAUUUUGUAGGUUUAGCGUCAUAACUAUACCCAAAAAUUUACUGUCACAUUUUUAACAUACAUAUUUUUCCAAUUUGUACAAACUUUAAAUAUGCAAGUAUAUUAAUUACAAAUAGAUAACCAAUAUUUAUUUAAUAAAUACAUAUGUAUAUCAAUUAUUUAUUAAACAAACAUUGGUUAUCCGUAUACAUCCUGCCUUUACA